AACCGGAAAUUGCGUAGUAGCUGUUCCUUCCCCGAGCAUUGUGAUUGACAAGCUAACAAGUUAGCAAUGUCGGGGAUUGAGGAUUAUUCCAACGAUUCUGUGACAUUUAAGGAUGAUAACGAAUUUAAUGUAGAGGCGGGAGACCACGUUGACGAUGAAUUUGAUAUUCAUCGAUAUACUUUUUACAGAGACAGGAAAGAGUGGGCUGACUUGGAACCUGUUCCUCAAGAUGAUGGACCAAACCCUGUUGUCAAGAUUGCUUAUUCCGAAAAGUUCUCAGAUGUUUUUGACUAUUUCCGUGCCCUGCUGAAGAAUGACGAAAAGAGUGAACGAGCUUUCGCCUUGACAGCAGACGCUAUUGAGCUGAACGCUGCAAACUACACAGUGUGGCACUACAGGCGGGUACUAUUACAAGCGUUGUCAAAGGAUCUGAGGGAGGAAAUGAGGUACAUUACAGCCAUCAUUGAAGAUCAACCUAAAAACUAUCAAGUUUGGCAUCACAGACGUAUAGUGGUCGAGUGGUUGAAUGAUCCCUCAGAGGAGCUGGAGUUCAUUGCAGACAUCCUCAGCCAAGAUGCAAAGAACUACCAUGCCUGGCAGCACAGACAGUGGGUCAUCCAGGAGUAUAAACUGUGGGACAACGAGCUGGAGUUUGUGGAAAAUCUCUUGGAUGAAGAUGUGAGGAAUAAUUCUGCUUGGAACCAGAGGCAUUUUGUCAUCACACACACGACAGGGUUCUCAGAUCAAGUCAUUCUCGAGAGAGAGAUUGAAUACUGUCUGACCCAGAUCAAAAAGGCCCCCCACAAUGAAAGUGCGUGGAACUAUUUGAAAGGGAUGCUUCAAGACAGAGGUUUAUCGUCUCAGCCCGGGCUGCUUGAGAAAGUCCUGGUGCUAAAGGAGACGCGUUCUUCAUCUUACCUUCUCGCAUUUCUCUUUGAUUGUUACGAGGAUGCUUUGGAGAACGGCAGUGAGAAAGGACAAUCGGAGGAAGACCGAGUGGACACUUUAAAAAGCGCUCUGGAAAUUUGUGAACAUUUAGCCAAGGAGAAGGACACCAUCCGCAAGGAGUAUUGGCUGUUUUUGGGACGCUCUUUAAAGAACAAAUACGGAUCGAGUGAGCCAGUUGACGCUGAACUUCCGUCCCAGGCGGCUGAGCAGCAGGAGAUGAACUAGAUGCCCGAGUCCCACUCCACUGCCAUUCAUUUUCACUGUACUUUGUUGUUGUGUGUAUUGACGCCCCCCCCCCCCCCCCAAAAAAAGUGUUACAGUUGGUCAAGGAGGGAAAGGAAUGAGAACGAUGGAUUAGAUACAAAGCAGAUAUGUGUAAAGUCCUUCCUUCAAAAUUCUGCACAGUCAAGCUUCAUUCAUGUAGUCCUUUUUUUCCUAUUUGGCUGUUAUCGGUGCAUUUUUUUUUUAAAGCAAAUUAAAUUCUGUUCAUGACAUGUCACUUAAAUCCAUUGUCUCACUUCUUUCCGUUCUUUGCUGGUUCAGUAAAAAGAAGGUAAAGCAGCUUUAUCUGAACACUAUUUGUUGUGCUUGCUCCUCUGAGUCGUGACCCUGCGGCAUACAACAGCACUCCUGCUUCUUGGCUCAUUUGUACACAUCGUCAACAUUUACAUAGAAUUACCAGAUGGUGUGCUGACCUGUGGAAAAUCGCUUUUGUACGACAAACCAAGGAGUAACUUCACUUAAAAGUAUUUGGUCUCAAAUAAAGCAGCCUGAUCAACUUCAUCUUUAUGUGGGGACAUGAAGCAUCAACGUGUGUGCUGACAGCGCUCUCUGCUGGUUGAAUGUUGAAGGCUUGCUGUAUAAUUGAAACGCUGUACAAAAUAAACCGAAGUGAGACUUUA